AGAUUGUAUUUGUCUUCUUACCAUGAAUAUUCACAAGCUAUGGGAAUACAAGGACUACGUGAAUGUGAACGGGAUGAUGCUGACCAGUGAGUUGAUAUCGGUUCUGCAAAACUCCCUGACUCUACUGCAAGUCGAAAACCACUUCGCCCACGUGCAGUACUGGGGCCAGAUAUAUGCAGUGGAUGCGGAUUACCACAUUGCCGUCGGCUUAAGCAAGGACGCUCUGGCAGACAGAAAGUAUUACUACACCACAGACUUCAAAUUCUGGGGCUUGUUACCGAAAGCGAAAAAGAAGUAUAAACAUCUCUCUAUAUUAGCUACAUACCCGUUCCGUGGAGACCCUGCGCUUAAAAUCAAAGUUUUAGACGAAGCCGUAGAAGAAAAUCAUCCCGAUAGAUGUUCCAUCAUGAAGGAAGAGAGCAGACUCGCAGCCACCAUCAGCACUAUAUGCGACGAAGCAGAAAUAUGUGCCAGGGGACAAAUCCUAAAGCAGCCAGAUGGAACUGUUGUUAUAAACCCGAAUUACUAUGGGCUGACGGCUCCGGAAGCGAAACUCCUCAAGUCCUAUCUCCAUUUUCGCAUUCCUCAACAUCGUUGGAACACCAAUCUUCUAACGCGACAAGACUACAACUACAGCAUGGACUUUUUAGAUUCAAUCGACCAAGAUAUACCGAGCGGUUGUUGGAAUUUGUCUCUUGAGCGUAACGGCAGUGUUGCUUAUUUAAAAAGUUUGUCUUGGCCCGGAAUGAUGUAUUUCCACAAAGUUAAAUCGCCGGAAGCUGGGUUUUUGUACGUAGGUAACGGACGAAAAAAUUUAGAUGUGCCAUUUCUACUUUAAUUGCUGUUUA